CAGAGCGUUCUGCCAUCACGCAACGCAGUAAUUGCUGGAACUGACUUUGGCAGUGAUUGCUGGCGGCCAUGACGAUUCUGCCGGCGCCGCGUCCGAGCGCCUUCGCAGACUCGCUGUCGUCGCUGCCUCCACUAAGGCGAGACGAGAUCGAGGCGUACAUCAACUACGUCGACGAAGCGGUGGACAAUGCGCUUUGCUUGAUCAACGGUCUCGGCAACAUCCGCUGGCAACCUGUCAAACAAAAAGCCGACGUCGUCAUCUCCCGCGCUGCUGACGACAUCAAUAGCUUGUCCAACCAAGCUGCCGUUCGAACAGUGUGCACAGUGAAUGCGUCCUUCGACGAAAUGAUGGACCACUUCAUCACGGAAACCACAGAGAUGUUCCGGGAGCGGGAAACAGCCCUCCAUGGCUCUGAAUUCCUCGAUGGCGCCGUGCUCCAUGUCCUGCAUCCUCGGGACAUUUCCUCCGAAUACACAUCUCAGCGCUUUGUGUGCAUAAAGUGGCACUGCCUCAAGGCUGUAGCAACCCCGACCAAACCCCGCGACUACGUCUACAUUGAGCUUGUGGACUCGUUCGUGGACGAUCAGAACGUGCGCGUGGGCAUUCGGCUGUCCAAGUCGAUCGACCUGUUCAACUUUCCAUCCUUCGAAGACUCGCAUCGGUUUGUGCGGGCCAAGACGUUCAACAUGCACACGUUCCACAGUCUCGACUCGACCAACAGCUCGUCCCGCGCGAGUAUCCUCUCGAACGGAUCUUCGUCGUCGUCCCCGCUGUCCAGCUUCCAAGUCGAGCUUCGGUCGAUGGUGCUGGGGGACCCGAACGGCAGGCUGCCGGCGUGGGUCGUGACUAAAAUGUCCGACUUGGCCGCGCUGCGGGGACAAUCUAUUCGGGAUUUCUUUGAGCAGCAGCGGCUAAGUACGUUGCAAUGGGUCGCGCCCCACCAUUACGUUCCCGCCAGCAAGCGCUCAUUCUGCGGCAUCUGCACGAGGGGGUUUUCCCUCGUCAGGAAAAAAUACAACUGCCAAGCAUGUGGUGAAGUCGUGUGCAACCAAUGUAGCCUCGUGCAGUUGAUCGGUCCUAAGCGCACCAAGACCCGCGUGUGCAUCGGGUGCAACAUCCAAGCCCGGUCCACGGCGCUCCACACUCCUAACAACUCGUCCCUCGCCAGUCGGCCAUCCAGCGCCGGCAGCCUUCACAGUCCCCACAAUAAUUCGAUCACGUCACGACAGACAAACCACAAUCGCGGCUCGCUUUCGUCGUCGAUCCGGGCGAGUGACAACGGGUCGUUUCUUCACUCCCAGUCGACGCCGGACUGGCCGCAUCCGCACCCUCAACCCUCCUCCUCCAACAACCAUCCGACUCUUCAUGUGCCCGUCGCCGCCUACCGACGCAGCCAGUCGGAAAUGUACGACCCGUCCCAUCGCCACGGCUCGUUUGGCCCCACCACGCCCCUCUCGGCGUCCCAUCAUUACAAUCGUGAUUCCAAUGGCAGAAUCAGCGACAACCAGCGAUUCACCAGCAGCACCACGCGCACGUCCGUGGCGUCCAAUGCGUCCACUAGGCCGUCCACGACCACGAUUCAAGACACAUCCACCGAAGGCGACCAACAACUUGGACCGCCGCCGCGAGAAGGCCUCGACUUAGGAGUGAGCCAUUUUAAGCAACAGUCGGUAGCCAGCUCUGUGGACGUGGUGAGCCUCGGGCUGUUGGCAUUGCAUGACUUGUCCAUCGUGCAGCAGCCUGAAGCCACCAACCAACCCCACGACCUCGGUAGGGUCAGCGAAGCGCUGAGCGACAUGACCGUGCGCAACUCGGAAAUGUCGGAGCGCAUGAGCGAGUUAGACGUGGACGCGUACGACGACGACCAGUACCAUCGCCACGAGGGGGCGGUGGUCGUGGAGACGACCAACAACAGCGACUUGAGCGAUUUGUCCAGUUUUAUGGACCCGUCGUGUGUGCAUGUGGUGCACGCCGUGUCGACUGUUCCUGAUGACGAAGUAGAAGAGGACGAGGAAGACGUUGAUGCCCGCUGGGCGUACCGGCCGUCCCACAUGGCGGCCGAGGAUUACUUGGAAGCCACGAGAAUGACGUUGGCCGAAAUCGAUCGCGGCAUGUCAAGUGUCCAAGCGUCGAUGCACGUCACAGCGGUGAAACUGGAAGAGCAAGAACAGGACCAAAUGACCCGGAUAUCGAUGGAAUACGUGGCGCCGCCGACUCGGACAACGUCGUCGUCGGCGAUGGACACCAUGCCGGACGUGGAGAAUUUGUUUGUCGUGCUCAAACUCAACGCCGAAAUUGACCGGCUCCAGCACAAGAUGGAAACGGUGCAAGAAGGCACGAUUCAGCUGAAUCACAUGAACGAAGCCAUGAACGAAAAGAUCCAAACGCUGGAGAAGGUCGAGAGCAAAAAGACCACCGACCCCGCCGCCGCGCCGGAACAACCCGACCAGACGUUGUUGGACGCCAUGGACAGAAUCAACGAGAACUUCAAGCAACUGCAGCACCAAAUGGACCGUGUGCAAGUAACGUCCACGAAAGUCAUGGAUGUCAAGCUUGUGGAAGGGCUUACCCACGACGACCCCCCCCCUCCUUGCCCCCCCUUGUUGGCGGCUUCCUCGUCCGAGGAAUCAUCGCCGCCGCCGUUUCCAGAGUCCACGCGUGGUGGGUUUGUGAGCUUCUUGGAAGACAGCAGCUUCACCCCUGCGACUUCCACCGGCGCUGAUGAUGCCCAUCCAGAGGGGUGGACGUCCGUGCACUCGAAAGUGUCGGGCAAAAUGUACUACUACAAUCCUUCGUGUGGCAAAACGUCGUGGACGAUGCCCGAAGAAGACGACAUGGCAAAUACAAGCAAUUACGUUGUGCUGUAAAUAAAAAUAAUACAAUUCAAUAUAAACACUUUCUGACACCCG